AUGGGAAACGAGGUGAGUUCAGAGACUGGAAUGGGUGAAGCAGAUGCCGUGCAAGCAGAGCCUAUUCGAGUGCUUGUCACUGGUGGAUCGGGAAUGGUCGGGAAAGCUAUUGAACAGGUAGUGAACACUGUUGAGAAACGGUCGAAUGAGACGUGGAUUUUUGUGGGUAGCAAGGAUUGUGAUCUAACCGAUUUAGCAGCAACAAGAGCUCUUUUUGAAAAGGAGAAACCGACUCAUGUCGUUCACUUAGCGGCCAUGGUUGGAGGCUUAUUCCACAACUUGGCUCACAAUUUACAAUUUUUCCGCAAGAAUAUGGCUAUAAACGACAACGUUUUGGCAGCAUCGCAUGAGUUCAAUGUGCGCAAAUGUGUUUCCACACUCUCCACGUGCAUUUUUCCUGACAAAACCACGUAUCCAAUCGAUGAGACAAUGGUACACAACGGACCGCCACAUGACUCGAAUUUUGGGUAUGCUUACGCGAAACGAAUGAUCGAUGUGUUGAAUAAAGGAUAUGAGACGGAGCAUCAAAGAAGAUACACUUCUGUGGUCCCAUGCAACGUGUUUGGCCCCUUCGACAACUACAAUUUCCAAGACGCUCAUGUGCUGCCCGCUCUCAUUCAUAAAGCCUAUAUUGCGAAGAAAGAGGGAAAACCGCUUGUGUGCUUUGGCUCGGGCACUCCUUUACGACAGUUUAUCUACUCGCUUGACCUCGCUAGGCUUUACGUUUGGGCAGUUCGACACUAUGAGGAAAUUGAUCCAAUCAUUUUCUCUGUUGGCGAAGAGGACGAGGUAUCGAUUCAACAAGCUGUCAAUGGGGUUGUUAAGGCGAUCGGUUUUGAGGGAGAAGUGAUUUGGGAUCGAGAGAAAGCUGAUGGACAAUACAAGAAAACGGCAUCAAAUGCGAAACUCCGCAAAUAUCUACCCGAUUUCAAAUUUACACCUUUUGAUGAAGCGAUUAAGCAUUCGGUCGACUGGUUUGUGACCAACUUCGAAACAGCCAGAAAA